GACAGACAGGCAGACAGACAGGCCUACAGACAGACAGAUAGACAAACAGACAGACAGAUAGACAGAGACAGACAGACAGACAGACGGGUGAAUACAGCCUCAGACAUCAUUUAGAGGAGCUUCGUCUUCAUUAUCUUCAUCCCUGAACACCUGCACAGGUGAAUCACCAUGACAACAGAGCCAGGUGACGCUCAGCCAGCUGAGGCAGAGUCUUUCCCUGAGGCCACUGCCCACUCCACAUCUAAACAGGGAGCGGAGGAGGGGCCGGUCCACAGCCACGCGCAGAGCUCAUUGGCCGAGGACUCGACCAGUCACCUGUCAUCGAGCAGUUGGAUCGCUCGCUCUCCGGCCAGAAACCCGCUGAUCUUCAGAACCAUGCAGACCAGAGUGACCCUGCUGGACGGGUCGCUGUUCUCCUGCACCGUGGAGAAACGAGCUCGAGGAGUGCAGCUGUUUGAGAAGGUCUGUGAACACGUCAACCUGCUGGAGAGAGACUACUUCGCUCUGUCCUUCAGAGAUGCAGACAACAACAAGAACUGGUUGGAUCCAGCCAAGGAGAUGAAGAAGCAAGUCAGAGGUGUUCCCUGGAAUUUCUCCUUUAAUGUCAAGUUUUACCCUCCUGACCCCGCCCAGCUGUCUGAGGACAUCACCAGGUACCUCCUGUGUCUCCAGCUCAGACAGGAUAUAGUUUCUGGUCGUCUUCCUUGCUCCUUUGCAACUCACACAGUUCUGGGCUCCUACACCAUCCAAUCAGAGCUGGGAGACUACGACCCUGAUGAGUGUGGUUCGGACUACGUCAGUGAACUGUGUUUUGCUCCCAACCAAACUAAGGAGAUGGAGGAGAAGAUCAUGGAGCUGCACAGGAGCUACAGAGGAAUGACUCCUGCUGAGGCAGAGAUGCACUUCCUGGAGAACGUCAAGAAGCUCUCCAUGUACGGAGUCGACCUCCAUCAUGCCAAGAUGGUAGGAAGCCGCUUUGAUUGCUUGUCUCCGGCUCAGUCUGAGGACUCGGAGGGCGUGGCCAUCAUGCUGGGCGUGUGCAGUAGCGGCCUGCUGGUCUACAGAGACAGACUGAGGAUCAACAGAUUCUCGUGGCCAAAGAUCCUGAAGAUUUCCUACAAACGGAACAACUUCUACAUCAAAAUCCGACCAGGAGAGUUUGACCAGUUUGAGUCCACUAUUGGUUUUAAGCUGCUGAACCACAGAGCAGCUAAGAGGCUGUGGAAGGUCUGUGUGGAGCAUCACUCCUUCUUCAGGCUGGUGUCUCCAGAGGAUCCUCCCAAGAAGUUUCUGUCUCUGGGCUCAAAGUUCCGGUACAGUGGUCGCACUCAGAUCCAGAGCCGCAGAGCCAGCGCCCAGAUCUCCAGACCAGCACCGCAUUUCCCACGAUGCAUCAGCAAGAGGAACAUGCUGAGUCGCAGUCUGGACGGAGCUCCAAGGGUGACGCCUACCUCAUCUCUGAUUGGCUCUCCAGCCAUUACAGCGUCCCCCAAAGCCAACGGUGGUGCACACACAGAUAUGGGCUCAGGUCUGUACGGAGCGUCCAAAGCCAUCGCCGUCAGCGACCUCAUCACCAGCGUGACUCCAGAGAGGAGGAUGGAGGAAAGGAGGGAGGAGCAAGAUGAACAGCUGCAGGUGGAGGAGCUGCAGGUGGAGGAUGAAACCAAAGCCACAGAUGUUUCCCAAACAAGUCCUCAGAGUCCCCAGAAGCUCGACACCAAGACUGAGCUGACUGAUACAGGUGUGGACGGAGACCUGACAGCCACUGAGUCUGAUCAGGAUGAAGAUCUGAAAACUCAGGAGACGUUGGGGAGUCCUGAGGAGGUGCAGAACCCUGAGAGCACCAUCAGCGCUCUGAGACGCUCCUUCUUGGAGGGAGGAGACAGGGGAGGAGGGAUGACAGAGUGGGAGAAGCGUCUGGCCUCCUCACCCCUCCGACGACCCGACGACUCCCCGAUGAUCGAACCCCUGGAGCCCGAAGAGGAGGGCGGGGUCACGGCAAACCCAGCUCCUUUUCAGCCAAUCAGAGAGAAGAGCUACACGGUGGGGCGGAGCUACGACACCACCUCUGGCAGGGUCGUUGCUAUGACGACCACGGACGACCGCUCUAACGGUACCGUGAUGUCAGAGAGGGUGGGCCCUCAAGUCCAAACCGCCCCGGUGUCCACUGCUGAUGAUGUCAUCACAGGGGGACCCCUGAUCACCAUUCACGAGGUGAAAACGCCAACCUCGCCAUCGGAGCUGCCGCCCUCCAUCUGUGAUAUCAUCAGCGUGGCUAAGACCAGCAGAGCCACAUCUCUGGACCUCUGUGGGGGCGGAGUCUCUGUGAUGUCACCCGUGUCCCCGCUGAGCCCGGCGCUCGGCAGGAUGUCGCCCUGCGUGGCCAGAGUGCCGAAACCUACGUUUGAUGAGAUGUCUCCUGAGCUCACAGCUCUGCUGAAGUCAGCCAGAGAACAAGAAACCUUCAGAGAACACAACCUGCUGAAGACUUCAGAGAAGGUGGAGACGGUCUUCCUGCUUCCAGCUGAAUCACAUGACCAGGACCUGCCAAUGGCAGAACAGCCUCAGGAGGUGCCGCUGAUGAGGAAGACUCUCACAUAUGAAGCUCCGGGGAGCCGAGUGGACUCUGAUCACCCUGCAGGUCUGCUGCUGAGCUCCCAGACCUUCACAGCUGAGACCUCCAACACCACCACGACCACACACGUCACCAAGACGGUAAAAGGAGGAAUUUCAGAAACCAGAAUUGAGAAGAGAAUCGUGAUUUCUGGAGACACGGAAAUCGACCACGACCAGGCCCUGGCGGAGGCACUCAGCGAGGCGCGGCGGCAGCAUCCUGAGCUGUCCGUCACCCGAGUCGUCGUCCAUAAAGAAACCGAGGUCUCUCCUGAUCAUAUGAUUGAUUAAUGACAUCACAGGACUGAAGCUAGAGGCCUCUGCUGCAUUAUGGGAAAUGAAGUCCCGACUACAGAACCAACAAAGACACUGUUUGCAGCGACACUCAGUGGACGACAGUGGAAAUGAGGAUUUACACUCAGACACACUCAUGCAUGCUCACUUGGACACACACACACACACACACACACACACACACACACACACACACACACAGCAGCAACUGUCUGUCUGCCUGCCUAGGGGCGGGGCCAGUAGCCAAGUUAGCUUCUGAACAGUUAGUAUUAGCUUGAUGAUAUUAUUAUUUUAGGCCGAAAGUUGGUGUGGCGACAUUUUCACACAACCAUUUAAGCAAGACAAGUAAGAGAGAAGGACAGGUGAGACACAGACAGGUAUCGCUGCUGUGAUGCCAUCAACAUGUUCGCACGGCAACAGACAACCACAGCUGGUUGACCUCAGAUGAACUUUCACCAUAAACCAAGCUCCUGAUGCUUUUACUGAAACAAGCCCUGCUGUCACACCUCACUCCUUCACAGGUUAGAGCAGACAUCUGAUUGGCUGGUCGACUCAGGUGUGUUUGCUUCUGAUUCUGUGAUGGGAGAUCAGCUUUAUGAUACAUUCAGCAAACAGCUAACGCCAGGUUAGCAGUAACACCUAGAGGUUUCUGCUGGUGCCAGCUGUUUGUAAAAUGUAAAAACAGCAUGAUUGUUAGCACUGUAACCAGCUAAAACUCAGCUCUGUAUUUACCCAGAAUGCAAUAGUAAUGUGCCAUUAUCUCAUCUUGCCAUGGAAACCCUUAUGAAUGAUUUUACUCAUCUAAGUAUUUAUUGAUUUCUGUGUCUAUUUAUUGAUUUAUUUCCUGAUGUGUCUAUUUAUUUAUCUACUGAUAAGAUCUGUGUUUGUAAUCCUAGACUGACCACUCCCCCUGGUAUCAUAUUACAGACUGACCACGCCCUCUGGUGUCAUAUUACAGACUAACCACGCCCCCGUGAUGUCAUAUUACCAACUGACCACGCCCUCUGGUGUCAUGUUACAGACUGACCAAGCCCCUUGGCGUCUGAUUACAUUAGCUCUGUGUUUUUUAUCUAUGAUAAAUCAAAACACUCGAAACACUGAAUGUGUUUUUACCCACUAAGCUCAAGUAAAACAAUGAAUUAAUGACCAUCUGUCUUCUGCUGACAUGAUUCCAAGGACACACCUGAAGAACGGGUAGCAGAAUGGUAAUUACCACAUGAUCACCAUAAUGAUCGGUUGUUGCAGCAGACAUAAAACCACAAAUAGAAAAAAAACAACUAGAAACAGAAAAAAACAACAACCAGAAACAGACGUAAAACCACCACAAAUAGAAAACAACAACCUGAAACAGACAAAAACCACCACAAAUAGAAACAAGAAAAGCCCUCAGAGAGCACAGUCCUCCUCCAAGGCUGUCCAGUUGACGUAUCAUUUCCGACAGAUGAAAUCUUUAAUAAAAAAUGACCUUGCUCUGAGCACAGGCAUGUGUUAUGCAUAUGCAUGUUAUGUAUGGAUACCGAAUUGCAUGUAAAUUACUCUUUUAAAGGUCUGUUGAUCAGUUCAUCACUUUCGGUAAACCUUUGUUUUGCUACUGUUAAAAUGAUUGUUCCCUCCAUGCUUUUAUUUUGAAGACAUAUUUUUAAUGUUGCGGGCUUUUAUUUUGUCACCAUUCCAGCAGCACAGGAAGUGUUUAUCUAAGAAGCGGUUUGUUGACAUGAUGAAAACGCUGCGGAAAAGUCCGAAAAUUCAAAUAAAGAUGAAAGAAAACGGU